AUGGGUAAAACCCUUGAUCCUGCAGCCAGUAAGUUCUUGCCGACUGCUUCUCAGCAGAACGAGGCCCUUCAGGCAAGCAGUACUUUUACUUAUCUCGAGUCUCGUGUCCUGAACCUCGAAGAGAGGCAUGCAGGCUUACAGGAGGAUAUCGUUGGUCUCAAAGAACUCUGGCACUCCCUUUCCAUCACCGUCGACAAGCUGAACAAGCCUGACUUUCCAGUACACGCUGGUGCGUUGCGAACUGCCAGUGACAUUGAAGCAUCACUUCAAAACGCCAAACACUUCGGCUUGGAGUUGAAAAGGCUUAAGGAAGAGGCUCAUCCAUCUGUGAACAACGGUUCCGACGGUACAGCCAAGACGUCGACUCCUCCUCAUUUGCGUAAGAAGGUUGCAUCUAGCAUUAGUGAUAGUCCAAAACAGAGUCAAGCUGCCGUUGCACUUGUAGAUUCGCAAGCUAAGCAGCAGCUAAUGCCAGCGCCGACCCCUCCUCCUUCCCCCAAGAUCACCGUCCCAGGCAAACCAGAGUCUUGGAAGCCUCACCAUAUCACCACCUUGGCUCCAUUCGCAGGCAACAUCCCAUGUGCAGAUGUCACGUUUCAUCCAGACUUCCUUGCAAACCAUCUGGGUGGUAUUCCUUGGUCACCAGGUCUACGGUUUGUUAAAGGCAAAGGCCCUUGCAUACUCAGGAACCCACCUGGCAUGCACGGUGCCAAACUCACGGCAUUCUUCAAUAAGGCUCCUGAAGAAGAGUUUGGCGGCCUUUUCGACGCUGAUUCCAACUCGUACGAGAAUGUACCUAUGUUUGUUCUUGUCGACAAGCGUUACGUGUACUAUGGCAAUUACUCGCAGACCCGCUGGUCCGACAAGUUGGAUCAUGACACCAUGGCGACUAAGGUUCCUGAGAAUGUCAAGAACUUCUGGGCCGAAGAGCUCGCCUCGCCGACAAGGGACGAAUGGGUUACUGAGGAACUUAAGAAGCACUUCUUCCGCAGGCCUGAGUAUAGCGGCUGUCUUUUUGCCUCCCCAGACAAUGAGACUACUGUCAACUCUGUCGAAGACGCAAAGCUCACAGAGAAAAUGGUUAGAGAUGUGCGCAAGUAUGUCGAUGAGCUUCGUCAGUGGGAUCGUGAAGCCUGUAUGAAGACGGCCAUGAUUAAGAAGCAGUCCAUUCUUGAUGCAUUCAAUGCAUCUGACAUGGACGAGACGCCUGCACUUCGUCUCUGGUGGGAGUACCUCGAGUGUGUCGACUGGAGGAAGGACUUCUAUGACCUCUUGGUAACUCUCCAGAAGCGCGAGGGGCAGAAGUACGCCUGA